GUGAGCAUGACAUUGUAUUGUGUCAAUUAACGUUAAAGAAUCGUUACAGGAUGGACCACAUUCCCCGUGUAUCAGAAGUCCUGUAUGUGGGUGUGUGUCGUGAGAUAGGGACACCGACAGAAGUGACCUUCAGAAGGGAUAUAUGGGACACGGGGGAAAUGAUACAAAAACCUUCACGGUUAUAUAAAGGAGAGAAAGAGAUGCUGAGUGGUAGUCAAAAGGAGGGAUUUAGGUUUAAAUCAUCUGACUUUGAUUUCAUGAAGUGGUACCCUGAUCAUAAGGUGAUAUGUGAGAUGUCUCAGUCAACGUUUUAUCAUCCACCCAGACAUACACUUAUCUAUAUGGAUACCUUUGAUACUCCUCCGGGAUUCGCCAGAUUACAACUACUCACACCGUCAAAUCGAGAAAUUGUCAUUUCCUCACUACUGGAGAGAAACAAUGCUGAAUACAUUUCAAGUUCAUUACUCAGGAUGAGGUUACAUCAGUCAAUGAAAGGAUUUAAUCCAGCCAAUGAAGGUGAGAAAUUGCACGGUCCAUGUCACAACUACACUUAUCGAUCUAUAGAGGCUGAUGUCGCCUGGUGUUUCCAUUCCCGUCAUUGGCCCUCACCAGCCCUUCCCUGGGUUGAUAGAUGUUUGAUUCGCACAUGGCCAUCGCGUAGUGUACUGCAAUCAAUUACCGAUGAAGGAUUUCAUCUUGUUCCUAUCGCAAACAGACAGACACAUGAAAACUCAGACUUGGAGUGGAGAAUUUCUUUUUCACAAGCAGAGCAAAAGCUAGUGUACUAUAUGAACCAUUGCCAGUUUCUCUGUUACGGAAUUCUGAAAAUAAUUCUGAAGGAAGUUAUUUCUGACGAUUUACUGUGUUCAUAUUGUAUGAAAACAAUAUUAUUUUGGAGAAUUCAAGAAAGCUCUUCAACUCCAUGGUUACCAUCAACAUUGCUUCAACAUGUGUGGUUUUGUUUCAAAUUCUUGAUGCAGUGUGUAUAUACCGGUUACCUUCCAAAUUUCUUUAUUCCGGAGAACAACAUGUUUGCAGGAAAAGUUGUCGGGGCGCAACAAACAUUCCUGUAUCAAAAGUUAGAAAGAUUUUACGAAAAGCACGUUGACUUCCUUUUACAUAGUCCCACUAUCAGAGAGAUUCUAACCCCGGCCGUCUCCGAUCCAUACUUUGUAAUGCCGACAGGGACAAUCUACCUCAAGUCAGAAAUAGAUAUUGAUAUUGCUUUUUAUUGUGAAAGUUUUAGUUGUUCAAGUAGGGUCUUUGUAUCGGAUUUCCUUUCAAACAUGAUGCAUUUAAACAUAAUAGAUCAGUUAUUCUCAACCUGUCAGAAUGUUGUAUUCCAUGAUAUGUUGAUAAGUGUGCUUGUUUCAACUUCCAUGUCACUAAAAGCACAGUGCUUGUUUGUGUCUAAGAAAAAGAGACACAGCAAUGAUAGGUCAAUAAUUCACAUGUUAGGUCUGGUUUCAAAGUUAGGUUGUGUAUCUGAUGGUUUAUAUUUAGCGCUAUACUUGUACGAUACCGGUAGAUAUCAAACAGCGCUAACUGUCACAGAUAGAGUGAAGCAGAGACUCUCACAGCCUCAUAUCAUGUAUUACAAUAGAGUAAAUAGACAGAGGUACAGGGAAGUGGUAGGUGGUCAAUCAAUGUUAACAAAGUUGAGGAAGGCUUGGGCAAGAACUAUUGUGUUAUCUGAAGACUUUACCUAUAUUGAAGAAUUAAGGUUGGAACAAGAAGUCAGUACAAUGAACGGAAUGGCGUUUUUAUAUUUAUCUCCCUUAGUGACCAUACACAUGUUAUCUGUCCUUUGUCACUACAGACUAGGUAACAGGUCACAAUAUCUACAGACACUGACAGACCUACACAACCUACUGCUCUAUGAUGAUGGGAGAUACGUAGAGUUAGACAAUAGAGACCUCCCCUGGCAGAUACUGGGGAUCUGUCAACAUGUUGUGGGGGACUUACACGCGGCGUUACAGUCUUAUCAAGAGUCACUUAGACAGAUAUCGCACCACAAAAUACAUAUGGCCACGGAAACUAGAAUUAAUUUGGUCAAAUCACAAUUAAGGUUGAACAGUACUCGGACAGUGACGUAGAGGAAUUAUGGUACAUGUAUGUGUAAAAAUAAAUCAGACAGAGUUUAGUACCUAGCUAUUCAGAUUAAACGAGGACAAAAUUGGUUACUGCAUUAAUAUGAAUAGAAAAAUUUCAGUUAGGGUUAGGGUUUAGGGUUAGGGUUAGGGUUAGCCUAACCCUAACCCUAACCUUUCACAUAUAAUAACAGAGACUUUGGAUUCCAGUAGAGAGAAUAACGUGUGAUACCGGGCAUUGUCGUUCCUUAUGACUUACAGAAAUCCCUGUUUUGUUGUGUUCAUGUCUUUAAUUGCCUUUCCAAAUGCAUGUAUUUAAUAUUAUUUUCGUUAUGGAUAUUGACUUUCAAUGCAAAGUGCUGUGUGAGCAUUCUGGUGUCUGUGUGUCACGUGGUAUGAUCAGAUAUUAAAUAGAAUGCGUGUUCGAAUAGGUCACUCUACAGCUCGGUUAGAACGUAAGUCAGGUAUAGCAAGUAUUAUGGAAGCCAGUUAGUUUUGAUAUGAUAUAUGUGCUGUUGGUGUAUUUAUAAGGCGGUUGGGAUUAGUUUAUGUUUAAUAAAAACGUUCUAACGAGCAGCAUUCCAAACAUGGUGUUUUAUGUUUUUCAUAUUUAUACAUACAAAUUCAGAGUAUUUUAUUCGGACGAACAAAGUGAGGGAGAAAAUAAGUACUUUCUGUUUUCCCCACAACACACAGCUUUGUCUCUCGUUGAUUACAUUUCCAUUGAUGUGAAUGUAACGUAUUACGCAAAUAAAGGAUUAUUAUUUUGA